AUGUCGAUAAACACUCUCCCAUCUACCGUACGCGCUCUGCUGCAAGCAGACCCCACCUCAAAAACCAUUACACUCGUCGAACGCCCUCUGCCAAAACCGAAUUCUGCUAAGGGGGAACAUCUGAUCCGUGUUUAUGCUGCCGCUCCAUGUGCAGGAGAACUCCUAUGGCCCAGUUUCGGUGACAUUCCUGGGAAGGAAAUCAUCACCUGCGACGAUGUUGCAGGAGUCGUUGUGAGCGCCCCAGAAGGCUCUCCAUUCAAGGAAGGAGAUGAAGUGUACGCUCGCACGAGCUAUUACCGCCCUGGAUGUGCUCGUGACUACGCAAUUGCCACCACCGAUGAAUUAGCUGGUCGUCCCCGUAAGCUGAGCUGGGCGGAAUCUUCGGCCGUGCCACUCGCUGCGGAGACUGCAUGGCAGGCUCUGUUCAAGCAUGCCGGAGUUGGCAAUUUCGAUAGCCCGAACUGGAAGGGUAAACGCAUCUUGGUGACUGGGGCUUCGGGAGGGGUCGGGACCUGGGUUGUUCAGAUUGCAAGCCAAACGGGAGCAGAAGUGGUCGGUACUUGUGGACCAGAUAACCUAGACCACGUCCAGGCCCUAGGAGCCAAGCAAGCGCUGAACUAUCGCUCGCUCAAGAUUUCCGAGUGGGGUCAGAACCCAGUGAACAAAGUCGACGUGAUUAUUGACUGUGUUGGCGGGAAAUCACUUGAAGAUGCCUGGUGGUGCCUCCGUGACAACGGCGUGAUCAUCAGUAUCAAUCAGCCGCCGGAAGGCAAACGACCCGCAGGGUUUUCAGGUUCCAAUGUGAAAGAUCUUUUCUUCAUCAUGGAGCCAUCUGGUGCAGAUUUGGCAGAAAUCACGAAGCUGAUCGACAAGGGCAAAUGCCGGCCUAUUGUUGACAGUGUCUGGCCCUUGGAGCAGUUUCAAAAUGCAUACGAACGUUUGGAUAGUGGCCAUGCCCGAGGGAAGGUUGUUUUCGACCUGUUGUUGAAUAUUCAAAAGUAG